AUGAAUAGGAUCAGCAACUUGAGUUCUGUUAGCAGCUCUGAUUUCAUAGAUGCAAAGCUUGGAGAGCAUCAAUUGUGUGGAUCCAAACAGUGCCCCAGUUGUGGACACAAGUUUGAAGGGAAACCGGACUGGCUAGGUCUACCAGCAGGAGUGAAGUUUGAUCCAACGGACCAAGAACUCAUAGAACAUCUUGAAGCCAAAGUAGAGGCAAGGAAUAUGAAAUCACACCCUUUGAUAGAUGAGUUCAUUCCUACUAUUGAAGGAGAAGAUGGGAUCUGUUAUACGCAUCCUGAGAAACUUCCAGGAGUAACAAGAGAUGGCUUGAGCAGACACUUCUUCCACAGACCUUCAAAGGCGUAUACAACAGGGACACGGAAGAGAAGAAAGAUUCAAAACGAAUGUGACUUGCAAGGUGGAGAAACGCGAUGGCACAAGACUGGUAAGACCAGACCAGUAACCGUGAAUGGCAAGCAAAAGGGGUGCAAGAAAAUUCUAGUCCUCUAUACCAAUUUCGGGAAGAACAGAAAACCAGAAAAGACCAAUUGGGUGAUGCACCAAUACCACCUGGGCCAGCUUGAAGAAGAGAAAGAAGGAGAGCUUGUGGUAUCAAAAAUAUUCUACCAAACUCAGCCAAGGCAAUGCAAUUGGGCUGAUAGAAGUGCAACAACUGGUGAAGGAAGUGGAGAACCUAACAAUGGCAGAAGAGACAGUGGAAGCGGUAGUUGUUCAUCUAAGGAAAUAGUUACUCACAGGGAUGAGAUGUCUGUUGUCGUUGGGGUCCCUCCAAUAACAAACUUCACCCCUGCCAUGGAUAUUCAACAGCUAAAGUCCAACCAUUACAGCUUCAUCCCAUUCACAAAAAGCUUCGAUGAGGUUGGAAUAGGAGAAGCUUCCACAGCAAGAGAAUUGCAAGCAUCGGGCUCAUGCCAAGAAGUACAUGAACAACAGGAGCCACACCAUGUAACACAUCAACAACAACAUCAGCAUGCGCACCAACAAAUUGCAAACACAGCCUUCUAUAUGAGUAGGCCUUCGCAUCACAUCUCCACCAUCAUCUCUCAACCACCCCUCCCUAACACAUCAAUCAUCCUAGACGACAACGCUUACCAUGUCUCUACAAUAAUGCUUCAAAAUGAAAAUUUCCAGCAACAACAACAACCACAUCAUAAAAUAGGAGGAAGGUCCGCUACUGGUUUGGAUGAACUCAUUAUGGGGUGCACUUCAACUGAUAUGAAAGAGGUGUCAUCCAUUCCAAACUCGCAAGAAGCUGAAUGGUUAAAGUACUCUUCUUACUGGCCAGACAACCCGGACCAUAAUGAAUAG